AAUAGCUAUAAAAAUAAUAAUAAUGAUAAAAAAAAACCCAUCUCCAAAUAGAUCUGCUUCGGCUUGGUUUUCGCUUCCUCUUAUCAGAAAAGGAAGAAGAAAAGUUUCAGAGUCCAAAGCUUAACAACGGAGAGUCCUUCGAGAAUUUGAAGCUAAUAUUGAAUGGAGGGAAUUGGAGGUGAUGGUGCAUCAGUGGCAUCACCUUUGCCUCAAUGGGGGCAUGAUGCUUGGAGGAUGUAUCAGUAUUAUCUGGAUAAGACUACUCCUCAUACAGCUUAUAGGUGGAUUGGAACCCUUGUUGUAGCAGCUCUCUAUUGUCUGCGGGUCUAUUAUGUUCAAGGGUUUUACAUAGUUUCAUAUGGACUUGGGAUCUACCUGCUGAAUUUGCUAAUUGGGUUUUUGUCUCCUCUGGUCGAUCCUGAAAUUGAAGCUUCUGAUGGGCCUUUACUGCCAACAAAAGGUUCAGAUGAAUUCAAGCCGUUUAUUCGUAGGCUACCUGAGUUUAAGUUCUGGUACUCCAUGACAAAGGCUUUCUGCAUAGCAUUUGUCAUGACUUUCUUUUCCCUAUUUGAUGUUCCUGUCUUUUGGCCUAUAUUGCUUUGUUAUUGGAUUGUUCUCUUUGUCCUUACAAUGAGGCGUCAGAUUGCACACAUGAUCAAAUACAAGUAUAUCCCAUUCAACAUUGGAAAGCAGAAAUACACUGGUAAGAAAGCUUCUGCAAGUAGCAGUGGCUCCCGCGGGGAUUGAAGCUUUGGCUGGUUCACAGGGGAAAUAGUAAAGGACCUGGUGGAAAAAGGAAAAGUAGGCAUUCUGAAGAUUCAUGAUAAUUGAUUUCACCUUUGGAAGACAGGCAUUUGUGUUAUUAUGGAUUUUUUAAUAUGCAGUUACUACAAACAUAAGUUCAGUUGUCCCUGUGAAGAGGUGCUGACGUCGCAGAACUGAAACUUUAUUGUUUAUACAAAUGGUUAUGAAGAUUUGAUCAAAGUUUUUGGGAUUAUUGGGCAGUAAUUUGUACAACAAAAUACCGUUCCCUGUUCUCAUCUACAUUACUUGAUUAGUAGUGACAAGACCAAAUUUCUUAUUAGGAGACAUCCCUGGCAGAUUGUAGGCGUUUAUUUUUCUUUUGUACUUGACGGGUGCAAGAGCAAAACUGCAGUUUUUCCUUAAUGCAUUGCACAAUUGUCCACAA